AUGCUUUCGAUUGAACAAAGAUACAAUAUCUGUCUAAUGGCAGAAAGGCAUCCCAAAUGGACUCAGUUAGACCUGGCAAAAUGGGCUUAUGAUACAUUUCAAUUACCUAAGAUCCCUUCACAAGGUACUAUUUCAAGACUCUUGGCUAAGAAGGCGAUAUAUAUGAAUUCGAAGGAAAAUGAAAAAGAUGCUAAUAGAUUAAGAAAACCAAAUAAUGUGUUAGUUCGUAAAAUUUUACAAGAAUGGAUAUCUCAAAGUAUAUGGAAUGGUAUUCCUAUCACUUCCCCCAUUAUUCAGGAUACUGCUCAAUCCGUUUGGCAUCGAAUUCCCGCAAAAUACAGAGAAGGUAAUGGAUCUUUCAGUUAUAAAUGGAUUUCUAAUUUCUUAUCUAAAAUGGAUGUAAAUAUUUCUAUGUUAGAUGAAGAAUUACCAAAGACACCAAAAAUAUGGACUUUUGAAGAAAGAAACAUUUUGAAAGAUUUUUUCUCUAAAAUUAGACCAAAUGAUUUGUUCACCCUAGAUGAAACGUUUUUGGCCUAUAAUUUACCGUUAGAUUACUCUCAAUAUGAAACAAGUAACAUUCAAAGGAAAAUUGAAGUAGCAACUGUUAUGCUAUGCUCGAAUUUGACAGGAACUGAGAAAUUAAAGCCUUUAGUAGUUGGUAAAUAUAAUAGUUACAAAAGUUUCAGAAACUAUUUUCCUAAUGAUCCAAUUGAUCCAAUAUCGCAGUCACAAUUGGGUGAAAAAAUGGCAAAAAAAUUCGAUAUUGAUUAUCAUAGUAACAGAAAAUCCUGGCUUACAAGUUCUUUAUUCCACAAUUGGUUAGCAAGAUGGGAUAAAAGGUUAGUAGCCGAUAAUAGAAAAAUUUGGAUUGUAUUAGAUGAUUCCUGCUCUCAUAGGAUAAUAAACCUACAUUUACAAAAUAUUACUUUAGUUUAUAGUUCUUCAAAUUCAAGAUUUUUGCCUUUUAAUUGGGGGGUACUAGACGAAUUUAAGACAAGGUAUAGAAUUCAACAGUAUGAAGCUUUGAUAAAUCUACAAAAGCAACUUACAAGAAAGACAAACAAUAAUAUUUCAUUGAUUUCAUUUGAGCAAAGCCAGUUGACAAUGUCCAAUGCUUUCAAGUUCAUUAAAAAAGCUUGGGAUGGCAUUCCAAUAGAUACAAUAAAGGCAAAUUGGAAAAGUUCGGGUAUAAUACCAUCAAACAUGAUUAAUUUAAAUGAAAAUAUAAGUAUGGCUUUCAAAAAGAAUGACGUUCUCAUGGCAAAAUUGGAUUAUCUAUGCAAUCAAUACAACUGUGGAAAAAAAUGGGACUCUGAUAUGUUAUUGGAUUUAAAUAUAGAAAAUAAAAAUACAAAUUUUUUGAGUUCAGAAGAAUUAGUGGAAAGUGCAAUUAUAGAGCCCAUGGAGCCUUUUAAAAAUAAGGAUGAUAUCUAUAUCACUGGAAAUGACGAAAAUAAUGAUGGUGGGGUCGAAAAUGUUUUUGAAUUACCUACAUAUGAGUCCAACGCUAAUGCUGAUGCUAAUAUUAAUACUAACAAUAAUGUUGAUGGGACCUCUAAUACAAAUACUAGCAAUAAUAAUAACGUACCGGAAUUUAGUACACAGGAAAACGUAUCAUCUUCAUUAGCUUCAAUUGAUAAUGAAUUAUAUUCGAAUUUACAAGGCUUGUUCAAUGAUCCUUAUAGCAUCACUAACGUUGCGAAUAAUACCAAUAUCAAUAACUCUCAAAAUUACCUCUAUAAUGUCAGUACAUUGAUUGAUUGCCCGGACCUAUUCGUAGUUUCUAACGUUGAUGAUUUAAAUCUGGCUGUGGAUAUACAAACCAAUGAUGAAAAUUAUUUUAAAGAUGUUUUCUCAUCAAAUCGUGAUGCUAAACCCUCUCAAACUACUGCUGUUGGUGCCACUACAUCUCCAAACACGGCGCUGGCUGUAAAUGCCAAUAACAUACCGACGGCUCAUUCAAUGAGCAAUAAUGUAAAUAGACAUACUUCAGAUAACAUAAGUGGUGCCCAUCUAAACCACAAUAACACUAGUAAUAAUAUCAACCACCCAUCCAAUGAUACCUUUGAAGUAUCAAAUUUUAAUCAUAUACUGGACAAUACACCGACAUCAAUAGGGGGCUUCCCGCAAAUGCAAAAUCAUAUGAUGGACGCAACACUAUAUUCGCUAGCUUCGAUAGACACAAGUAUGGAAAUUGCUCAAUCUUUUCAAAAGAUUAUAAGUCAUUAUGACAAUAAUGAAUUGACCCUCUCUAAAGCUACAAUAAAUGAAAUCAAGUCGUCAUACAAUGAAAUCUUGAAAAAAAUUAAAAAAACGAGAAUGUAUGAUAACAAGAACUCUAAGUUGAAUAAGAAAAAUAGUGGAGUCAAUCUUGAAAAUCUCUUACAAGAUCCCAAUGUCACUGAUAAUAUUAAUAUAUCUUCCAUGUUUUAA